ACUCUGAACAUUUUUAGAGGGCUCCGCCUCCUCCGGUAAGACCGUCUGGAAGAGCUUCAAUUGCCCGGCUGGUUCCGAUCCCCUUCUGACCCAGGGCGCCCAGGGUUCCUUCCCCAUAGCCAUGCUUCCUCAGUCUCUUUCCCAUAGCGCUCCCUCGGUCUCUUUCCCAUAUCCCACGACCAUGCGCCAUGCCGCGCCUAUUGAUGCCUGAGCGGCCUCAUCUGGCCUCAUUUCCCCCCGGAACCAGCAACAGCAUGUGUGAGAGCUUGGCAGUGGCAGAGAAGCGUCCAACAUUCCUGCGAUGGUUGGUCACUCUUGCCUGCAUUACCAGAUAGCCACCAAUAGCCUCGCCGAGUCAAGGUUCGCACCUGCUGCUGGGACAGCAGAUCAUUCACGCUCUCUUGCGGGGGUCGAGCGAUUCGGCCCGCCUUAGUGCUAUUAAGCCGUAUAUUCACUAGGUCAUACGUUGGCAUGGAGACGUUUCGUCUUGGUCCAAAUGUUUCAGGCAUCUUGCACACCCUUGGCCCUGCCCUGAGCCCAACGACACGGAUAAUAUACACGUGGUACAUACUGUCAAGCGACUAUGUCAGGCUUACUUUACUGACGUUCUAGGCGCGUUUGCUCACUGAGUUUGUAAUGCUUUAUGAUAAAACCUCGCCUCCCUGGCGCUUCAAAUACGUUUGAGAUGGAUAGAUUGGGGGUGAAUUGAAGUCAGCAGGCACAGUAACGCACAACGCCGUUGCGCUGGACCCUGUUUGAGAAACGCUGUGCCCAUGCAGUACGGUUCGGUCGAGACCCGCGAACCAUGCGGCUCACCGUUGCAGUGCUGGCCAUCCUGGCCCUGGCCAUCGGCGCGAGUGCCCAGCAGACGGGGCUCUAUCCCAGCUUCCCCUACUGCCAAUGCACCAAGACGCCCUCGGCGUAUCGGUUGUCGCCGACCGUCACAUCGACGGGCGCGGGCACCUACUGCUUCACGCUCAGCGCCAAGGUGCCGGCUGGCUGCACGCACAAGUGCUGCAAGGCUGACCUCAAGAAGAUUGAGUUCAACGUGAACGACGCGUGCGACGUCUUCUCGCCCUCUCUCAAGGCGACCAUCAACGGCGUGCGCACCAAGGUGGCCCCCGCCAUCAACAAGGCACAGAACGGCCCCGUGGGCUCCACCACCCUGGUGCUGACGCAGCUGGGUCUGGGGCUGGGCAACGACGGCGCCCAGGUCUGCAUCACGCUGGGUCUGAACAAGAACGGCAAGGGCUGCACCACCCUGGAGGAGCUGUGCGUGCCCCCGGCCGGCAUGCCCGCCGGCGUGUGCACGGCUGCCCUGUUCGACAGCCAGAACGACUGCUGCCCGCUGUCCCAGGCCAACGUGCCCAGCCCGCCGCCGCCCUCUCCCCCUCCCCCCAGCCCGCCUCCCCGCUGCGAGGUGUGUGCCUACAUCGCUCUGGUUGACCCCGAGAACAACGCGCCCUUCCCCUACGCCUUCAGCGCUGAUGAGUGCGACAGCUAUGCCCAGACCCUGAUUGACGACAUCACGGCCCAGGCAGGCGACGCCGGCGCCACCAUUGUGACGCCCUUUGCCAAGGUUGACUGCCAGGAGCGCCUGAUCAAGGUGUGCGGCGAGUUCUUCUCCAACGAGGAAGGCGCGCUCAUUCAGGACUGGAUUGGCGAGCAGGUGUCUGUGUGGAACGACAUGGUCACCGGCGGCCAGUGCCCCGCCUACCUGUCCGGCUACAGCGUGGUCACGGCGGUGGGCGGCGAUGGCAGCGACGUCAACAGCCUGCCCAUGAGCUGCCUGAACGCCUUCAAGUCCACUGCCUGCGCGCCCGAGACUGUGGACUUCCCCAAGUGCCAGUGCACCACCAAGGCCUUCGCCACGCCCUUUGCCGUGAAGCCCAUGAUGUCCGAGAUGGCUGGCCCCUCCAAGGACACCACCAGCUACUGCUUUGAGCUGGCCGUCGUCGCCCCAGCCAACCCCGGCUCCGCCUGCGGCAAGACCAGCACCGUCAACAAGGCUGAGUUCUUUGCCGACGACACCAAGCGCCGCCAGAUCAAGUCGAUUGGCAUCAAGCCGGCCGGCGCCGCCGGCUACAAGUGGGUGGCGCCCAGCUGGGGCGCCGUGGGCGACCAGACGCUCAAGGUGACGCUGGGGUGGAGCACGGCGCAGGCGGCGGGCGGCCGCAUCUGCCUGGAGCUCUACAACACCACCAGCCUGGACGACUUCUGCAUGGGCGCCGCCAUGGACACGUGCUGGCUGAACCUGUUCGACACCACACGCAACUGCUGCCCUCUCUACACCUCUUCCCUCGUGUAGUAGGCGCCUGAUUGGGCGCACAGCGGCUGUUGUGGCCGGCAUGCUAGCACAUCUCAAUAGCCAGCAUCAGCAGCUGCAUGGCUGCAUGGCUGCUAGCUAGGAGCUAGCGGCGGGAGCCGUCAGUCGGGCGGCGCAGCUCUACUGCGGAGCUGUCGGCCUGCUGCCGCUGAAUGCCACACAUGCCGUGCUGUGCUGUGGAGGCGGCCGGGUUGCGUACUUUGAUUCUUGGGCUCCAUUAAGCCCUAUGCACCAGGCUGCCAGCACCGCUAGCGAGGCAUAGCCGGGUCGUCGCAAGAUGUGGCGUUAAGUCUAGUGACCUAGGGACGCAUCAAUGUGUAGGGUGUGGUUGUGGAUGGCGGUUCGUUUGGGUGGUUGGUGGAGGGACGGAGGUAGCACGCACGGACCAAUCGACUACUGUUGUAGGUGCCAGCACUGUCGGUUAGAUAGGGAAAUCCGCAUGGAUUAAUACUGUAGUUGUCAAGGCUGUGGCACGUACGGUGUGCGCGUUUUCAGGUAGUGUGAAUGGCUGUCUAUAUUUCCAAACUAUCUCAUGGGACACGCCAAGGGCGUCCAUUUCUCUUGCUCUCCGGACUUCUUCAUUCAAUCUUUGUGUAACAAUGAUAUGGC